CCUCCUCUCCCCUCCGCCGCUCCCGCCUCCCCAGCGCAGCCGCCCUGCCGGGGACCCUGCCUGGCCCCCGCCGCCUGACCCGGACGCGCCCCCGGCCGGCCCAGCUCUCGCUUCCCCCCGCCCGGCGGCGGGGCGGUUUCCAGGCGGAACCCGCCUGCGCGGGAACGGGCGCGCUCGGCAGCCUGCGCCGCCGGUCGGCGGAGCGAGGACACCAGCGGGCUCCUGCCGCCGCCGCCUCCUUCCUCCUCCUCCUGCGGCCGGGCUGAGCGGCGGGGUCGUCGGCAGCGUGACGCGAAGCAGCCGCCUCCGGACUCCUCUUCAUGGCAGGGAACUUCUGGCAGAGCUCGCACUAUUUACAAUGGAUUUUGGAUAAACAAGAUUUGUUGAAGGAACGCCAAAAGGAUUUGAAAUUUCUGACAGAAGAAGAAUAUUGGAAACUGCAGAUAUUCUUUACUAAUGUCAUCCAGGCUUUAGGUGAACAUCUUAAAUUAAGACAACAAGUUAUUGCCACUGCUACAGUCUACUUCAAGAGAUUCUAUGCCAGAUAUUCCCUAAAAAGUAUAGAUCCAGUAUUAAUGGCUCCUACGUGUGUGUUUUUGGCAUCCAAAGUAGAGGAAUUUGGUGUGGUCUCAAACACAAGGUUGAUUUCUGCUGCUACUUCUGUAUUGAAAACUAGGUUUUCUUAUGCCUUUCCGAAGGAGUUUCCUUAUAGGAUGAAUCAUAUAUUAGAAUGUGAAUUCUAUCUUUUAGAAUUAAUGGAUUGCUGUUUGAUAGUGUAUCAUCCUUAUAGACCUUUGCUCCAAUAUGUGCAGGAUAUGGGCCAAGAAGACAUGCUGCUACCCCUCGCAUGGAGGAUAGUGAAUGACACAUAUAGAACUGAUCUUUGUCUACUGUACCCUCCCUUCAUGAUAGCCCUAGCUUGCCUACAUGUGGCCUGUGUUGUCCAGCAGAAGGAUGCAAGGCAGUGGUUUGCUGAGUUGUCUGUUGAUAUGGAGAAGAUUUUGGAAAUAAUCAGGGUCAUUCUAAAACUGUAUGAACAGUGGAAGAACUUUGAUGAGAGGAAAGAAAUGGCUACUAUUCUUAGUAAAAUGCCUAAACCGAAACCACCUCCAAACAGUGAAGGAGAACAGGGUCCAAAUGGAAGUCAGAACUCCAGCUAUAACCAGUCUUAAGACAUUCCAAAGAACUUUAUUAUGGACCACUUUGGAUCAAGACAUACUGCGAUCUUAAUUGUGUUCAUGAAAUGGACAGAAGGUUUUAAUAACGUCUUUGACAAAGAACUUGAAGAAUAAAUGGCUUGUUUCUAUCAAGCGUGUUGAAAGCUUUUUCUUUAAAAUUGCAUGAACCCCUUAACACUGGAACUACUGUAUUAGCAAGAUUUCUCAAUAUAAGGAAUUCAGAAGUUUUGAACAGAGCUUCAAAAGAUUCACACAUCCACUUCAGUAUUAAUAGUUGAAUACUGUUUCAUUUGCUUUCAGAAAAAUGUAGGUUGUCAUUAAAGUGAAUAUUUUUUAAACUGCAGUAAUGAAGGCUGUUGAGUGUAACCAUAUUAAUGGCUCUGUGUCAUCUUCAUUUUGUUUAUUACUGAAGGAGGAGGGUGUAUAAAUCUUGUCAUUUACCUAGUUUGUGUUAUAGCUAAAGAAUAUUGUCAAAAAGACCAACCUAAUCUUUCAGCAACAAAGCCUGCAAAAACCUGUAAAAAAAAAAUUGCGAGUUUCAAUGAAACCAGUGCAGGAAAAAAAUUAAGUUUCUCUUCUGGACUAAAGUGAUGCUGUUUUACUCAGUACAUGGAGCUUGGAUAUUUUUCCACAAAACCUAGUAGCCCAGCUUACCAGAAAAGUGCAAUAUGUAUAGUGGACAUUUUGAGGGGGAAAAAAAAGUUUUCACCAUUUCAAAUAUUAAAGUUUAAAUUAUUUGCAAGUACUAUACUGUGCAAUCAAAUGUUUUAGAAGCACAAUCAUUUGGAUGAUAAUGCUCUCUUUAUUUUGGAUUUUUUUGGUACAAAAAGGUACACACACUAUUAGUCUGCCUUCAUGUUUUGAAUGAGAUUCUGUAGAAGUUUACUGAAAGCAGUAAGCUUCAUCCUGGCUGUUUUAAAAUGUGACUAAGAGUAGCUCUUAAGAAUUACUGCAAUGGGAUUCUUUUGUUACCUACUUGCUGGACAAAAUGAGUUUCCUUCAAACCAUGGGCUGUACCCUACGUGCCUGAAUCAUGCAGAACUCCUACUCAAGUCAGGAUUUGACCCUAAAGAUUUUAAUGUUUUGUCCCCCUUGCCCAACAACUUGUGUACUAUUUAAUUCUCAACUGAAAAUGCUGAUUUUCCCACAAAUAAAAGUUCAAUGAGAAAAACUGAAGUCUAAUAGCUUUUGUCCAAUCUAAAUUUUUUCCCAAAGCAUAGCAACACAUUACACAGGUCUAACAUAUAGACUAAGUGCUUGAAAAACAUGGCCUGAUGGACCUUGUUAAUUCUAAACCAUUCUUGGGAAAAAAAAGUGGUUUUUGUAUGCAGUCAAUGAGGCUACUUGCACUUCAAGUUUUUUUUAUAAAACAUUUAAUACAAAUUAUUAAAACACUUUACUGAGAACAGGUAUUUUUAGCCUUAUUACUUUACUUUUGCUGGUAAAGACACUUGGUCCUUCUACUCUUGGAAAUUGACUUGUUUUUGACCCUUGAAACUUAAAUGGUAUUGUUUGUAAUGAGGACAUGAGUAGGAAUAAAUCAAUGCAAACUGACAAUGAUUGUGUGCAGUUCUUAACACUGAUUGAUUAUUCCUGAACUAAAGCUUUACUGAGGUAGCUGUGUUAAUAAGUAUUUUACAAAAUCUACAGUUUUAAUGCGUUUUAGACUAGAAAGUUAAUCAUUUGUUUUCAAAACUUCUUGCUUCUGCAUGUAAAUGUUUUCAUGAUUAUAGUGGUGAAACUAUUUUCCAUAUAGUUCUAAAGAGUUCACUAAUUGCAUUAGACAAGUAUCACUUCUCUGGUAGUUCUCAGAGCUAAAAUGCCAUUACACUGUUACUGCAGAUACAAGAAAAUGGUGACCAGAAAAUCCCCACCUGAAGGAGGGGGGCAGGAGGAGAAACAGUAACAGGUUCUAGAUGUAAAAUAGUUCUGACUUAAGAUAUGGUAGACUGACCUCAA